AUGUUGUCACAGCUCGAACCUCUCCAGAAGCCUUGGUUGAAGACCAAAGAUUCGACUGCGCGCCUGGCAUACUUCAUCACGUAUGGUAUGAUGCUGCUGGGAUUUGCGGCAAGUGCGGUACGGAUCUAUUUCGCGUGGAAAGCUGUUCCGCUCUUAGGCCGCAUGUGUUUGGUUCUCGACGAGGAAUUCUCGGGAAGCGAUCUGGAUACUGAGGGCGUAUGGCAACGUGAAGCUGAUAUGGGUGGCUUCGGCAAUGGGGAGUUCGAAAUGACAACGACGUCCACGAACAAUUCCUUCAUCCGAAACAACAAUCUUUAUCUGUUGCCUACCCUCACUUCCUCCGUCAUCGGACAGGACGCCAUCUUCGACGGUUACACCUUCAACUUGACGGGAUGUACCAACACGAAUUUGACCGCAUGUGGUGCUGUCAGCAAUCGGACUGCAGGUACCGUCAUCAACCCAGUGAUGAGCGCUCGGAUCUCUACUAGGGGUAAGAAGAGCAUUCGUUACGGGCGCGUUGAGGUUAGAGCGAAGUUGCCGCUAGGGGACUGGAUGUGGCCAGCGAUCUGGAUGCUUCCCGAAAACAAUACAUACGGCCCGUGGCCCCUAAGCGGUGAAAUCGAUAUCAUGGAGGCCCGUGGUAACGGCAUCAACUACCCUGCACAAGGCAUUAAUUACGUCCGAGGCUCGUUGAACUGGGGACCACUGACCUGGCUAAACGCUGUAGCAAAGACGUAUGGCUGGUGGACAGAACGGCGCUCGUCUUACAACGAGGCAUUUCACACGUACGCAUUGGAGUGGUCAGCAGAUUUCUUGAGAAUUUAUGUCGAUAGUCGCUUGCAACAUAUGCUCGACCUCCGAUUCAACAUCCCCUUUUUUGAACGUGGUGAUUUUCCGGCGUCUGUGUCCAAUGCGUCUCAGGAGAUCAUUCUUCCCAAUCCGUGGGCAAAAUCAGGGAAUUCUGCUCCUUUUGACCAGUCCUUCUAUCUCAUACUCGAUGUUGCUGUGGGGGGAACUAAUGGAUGGUUCCCAGACGGUGCUGGCAACAAGCCUUGGUUGAAUGGGGCUCUAAAUGCUAUGCAGCAAUUUGCUCAAGCUCAAGACCAAUGGUCAGCGACAUGGCCUGAGAGCGAUGAAGACCGUGCAAUGAUUGUUGACUAUGUGAAAAUGUGGGAGCUAUGCUAG